CUGUGGGACGCUGUGGGUGUUGACAUGUCAGUGUCACUUGGUCAGCUGAUUGCGGGUCUUAAAGCUUCUUGGCUAGUACAGCUAGCCAGCUUAGUUAGCUUAGCCUAGCUGGAUGUUUGUUUUUGGUAACGUUACUUGUAUAGGUAGCUUUUAACGUAGCCCGGAACCUUUAAAAUAUCUGAAUCAUUUCACGUAUUCUUCACCUGUUCUACAGUCGCCCCCGGAUCGUUUGGCGGCCUCAAGUUGCCGUUAGUAAGGCAGUCGUUAUCGUGGCAGGGAGGGAAGGGUGAAGUUCUCCGUGUAUCUGCAUUGCAGCCCGGUGCUGCUGAUGGAAUUCAAACACACAACAAUGGCGACUCCCAGUCCUAACAACUCAACAACACCGAGCAGCCACAACAGCAGCAACAACGCCGGAUCUGCACCGCACCACCAUCUCCAGUCGCAGUCUCAGCACAUCACUACCAUGAGCAGCAUGCAGGAGUCCAACACCUGCUGGAGAUGUCAGAGUGAAACAGGGUUUCAGAUAAACCUGUCUGGAGCUCCCCCAAGUAAACGUAAAGCCCUGAAGCUGAACUUUGCCAACCCUCCGAUCAAACCCACGACCAGAUUCACACUGAACACGGCCGGGCCGCCUUUUCAGAACCCGCACAUAGAGCGGCUGAGAACACACAGCAUCGAGUCCUCAGGGAAGUUGAAGAUCUCCCCGGAGCAGCACUGGGACUUCACCGCCGAGGAUCUCAAAGAUCUGGGAGAGAUCGGCCGAGGAGCUUACGGCUCCGUCAACAAGAUGGUGCACAAGCCGAGCAACCAGAUCAUGGCGGUCAAGAGAAUUCGCUCCACAGUGGAUGAGAAGGAGCAGAAGCAGCUGCUGAUGGAUCUGGACGUGGUGAUGAGGAGCAGUGACUGUCCUUACAUCGUGCAGUUUUAUGGAGCUCUGUUCAGAGAGGGCGACUGUUGGAUUUGUAUGGAACUUAUGGCUACCUCGUUAGACAAAUUUUACAAAUUUGUAUAUUGCUCAUUAGACGACGUGAUUCCAGAGGAAAUAUUAGGAAAAAUAACUUUAGCUACUGUGAAGGCUCUUAACCACUUAAAAGAAAACUUGAAAAUAAUACACAGAGACAUUAAGCCGUCAAACAUCCUCCUGGACAGGAACGGAAACAUAAAGCUGUGUGACUUCGGCAUCAGCGGUCAGCUGGUGGACUCCAUCGCCAAGACCAGAGACGCAGGCUGCAGACCCUACAUGGCACCGGAGCGGAUAGACCCCAGUGCGUCCAGGCAAGGCUACGACGUCCGCUCAGACGUUUGGAGUUUGGGAAUCACACUGUAUGAGCUGGCCACAGGGAGGUUCCCCUACCCGAAGUGGAACAGUGUGUUCGACCAGCUGACCCAGGUGGUGCGAGGAGACCCGCCGCAGCUCUGCAACUCUGAGGAGCGACGCUUCUCUCCCAAAUUCAUCUCCUUUGUCAACGUGUGCCUUACAAAGGACGAGUCGAAAAGGCCAAAGUACAAAGAGCUACUGAAAGAUCCGUUCAUUCAGAUGUACGAGGAGCGCUCGGUGGAUGUGGCGAGCUACGUCUGCAGGCUCAUGGACCAGAUGCCGACGUCUCCUAGCUCCCCCAUGUACAUGGACUGAUGUGUGUAAAGCACGACGAGAUAGAAACACAUCACUAAAUAUUCACCAGUCUGCAACAAUAGAUGCAUUAAAAAAACAAAGUAAAAACAAAUCCUUGUGUACAUUUGCUUGGUCCCCUUAUUGCCGUGUUAAAAGAGAAUUGUAAAGCGUAAAAAACACAAAAAAAACACCAUUUGCAAUGAAAGUGGUGUCAUGUCUGUAUAAUAUAUCAACACUUCUGUUUCUCUUCAAACACUCACCGUCAUGUAAGUAUAAUAGCAGCUGAAUCAAUCUCUUAAUGAGGACACGUGUCAGUGGUUAGUACAGUGAUUUAAAUAAUAAUAAUAAUAAUAAUGUGGAACUUGUAUUUAUAGAACCAAACUCAUGUGGAGAUUCUUCUACAUACUGGAAUCAUGCUCUUUGUGAAUCGUCCCACCUCUUCCAUGUACGUAACUGAAAGCAUCGUGUUUGGUAUCUUAAUGGAACUUUGCUUCUCUGGAUAUAAAGCCGUUUAAAACAGAAUCCUGUUGCACCUGCAGACGGAGGCUGCCGCCCUCGCUGCACCGUGGACUAUAUGCUGAUGUAUGAAUAAAGACAGAGAAAGGAA